AUGCCCAGUGUCAUGGAUAUCAAACAUUUGCUGUGUCAACCAUGCGACCCAUGUCCUCCCAUCGUUAAAGAAGACGUACCCUACAUUCAGGAAUUCGAUUUUUGGAAACACGCGCGAUCCAUGAGCACCAGCAGCAGUCGUAGCAGUAUCAGCAGCUGCAGCACUGAAAGCAGUGGCAGCCUUACCGGCUCGCCAACGCAAAUCCGCGCCCCCAGUCCACCACUGCGACGACAACGAGUAAUUAGCGAAACGUAUGGCCGAGGAACGGCCUGGAUGCGAGAUGAUUCGUUACGCCGACCUCGAUCGGCAUCGGCUGCAGGUCAUGCGUCGGUGCAGACUAGAACGCCAUGGACACCUUUUGAGGACGACCUGCUGCAGCAAGGAUAUGAACAGGGAUUAUCUUGGGCCAUGAUUUCCUCGACUUACUUACCACAUCGAUCGCGAGGUUGCUGCUGGGGUCGAUUCAAAACGCUUCAGAACAAAAAUCUGAUCAAUCUGAAACAAAAUCAGCAGCCUAGGUUUUGUCGACGGCCUUGGAAAGCAGUGGAUGUCAGCUCCAAACGAUCUGUACCGUUUUAA